AUGCCUAACAAUCGCCGCACGAAUGCUUUUGCCGAGCUCCCGGAGACGCUUGGGGCCUCCGAGAAUGUGGGUGGUGGUGGCUCUCCGGCCACCACCACAACCAACAACCAGUCUGGUCGUGGGAGUUUGGCCCCCCGGGGCAGAGGAACUACUAGAGGCCGAGGAGGAGCCCGAGGAGGAGUACAAAGCCACCGAGGUGGCUACGCCCAGGACGCCCAGGACCGCCGUCGAACGUUUAUCCAGGGCAUUGUUGGGCGUUCUGAUGGCGGCGCUUUAUCGCGCCAUCAAUAUGAUCUGUUCCUUGGUGGAGGUAUACAAGCCCUAGAGGCUGACCAGCACCAGCACCAGCUCCAGCUCCAGCAGAGGCAGCAACGACAAGCGGCAAGGGCCCAAGCCCAAGACCAAGACCAAGACCAAGCUCCGAGCAGCAGAUGGGACAAAUGCAGCAUUUCUACGUGA